AUGCGAGAGGCAAAAUUCGGCUACUCUCGAACCUCUUGCCUGGACUCAUCACACUCUAUCCUACUGAACUACUUGACCCUUCGCCGCGUUGGCAACACACAACUUCAUUGCCGCGUAACCGACUUCGGCGCGUUCACGGCCGCCGUCACGAUCCUACUUCUUCACAUACAGGAUUCCAGCCUUGAAGCACGACCGGAACGCAGAGGUGAUAUUGGCCUUGUUCAGCGAAUACUGCGCUCUAUGGACGGACUAGCGAAAAGCAGCAAAAGGGAGAGCGUAGCACAGCAGAGUGCAGAUGUCCUCGCAAAGCUGCUCAACUAUCACAAAGCCGAUCCUAGCGCCUCUCGCAACCUGCAGCUGACCGUUCCCUAUUUCGGUACCGUCACCAUUACCAUGCCGAACAUCUCCAACCCAACGCUUGUUGAGCCUCCGUAUGCUCCUUCGGCGGUGGUCUAUGAUACCACGUCGCCUAUUGCCUUUGAACAGGCGCGUCCUAACCAACGCCAACAGCCGGUGAAUUAUUGUCCAGACUCCACUGCAAAUGUCGAGCCCUUUCAUGUCUCGUUCGGCCCCCAGUUCACAAUGGGCGGGACGGAAAAUGGUGAUCUGCAUUCGCUAUCCGAUCUAGAUGCUAUUUUGUUCGACGGUCUUCUAGAGCACGACUUACCGAACUGGGAUUGGAAUCAAAUUUAA